AUGGAUCCUACGCGUAUCGUUGAGGCCCUUCAGGCAUCACUUCAAUCAGAUCAACAGGCAGAUGCGGAAAAAAUUCUCCAUGAGAUGCACAAAAUCAUCGGUUUCGCGCCAACUCUUCUUCAAGUCGUUCUGGAAAGUAGCUUGGAACUGGCAGUCCGUCAAGCUGGCGCCGUGUUUUUCAAAAAUAUGGUCAUUAAAUCAUGGAAAGACCAAGAAAGUAAAAGUCCCGAGGGAGUGAUCGCUUUCCAUAUUCACGAAAACGACAGAGAAACCAUACGGAAUGUUAUUGUACCAGCAAUGACAACUUGCCCAAUCCCUAUUCAAAAUAUCUUGCAAGUUGCCCUCUUCCGCAUUUUGAAGUACGAUUUUCCAUCUCGCUUUCCGACGUUUGUGGAACGCGUUGCCGGAUAUCUGAAUUCGACCAAUUUCAUAGAGUUUCAUGGAUCUCUCUUGAGUGUCUACGCCCUUGUUCAAGCCUUUGACCGACAGGCCAAUGACAAGAAUGCCCUGGCUGCUGCGAUGAAUACCGUUUUGCCCCAUAUAUAUGAACGCAUGGGUGUUCUUUUGCCCGAUACAUCAGACGAAUCUUUGAGUCUGCAAAAGCUUGUUUUGAAGAUAUUCUAUCGUUACACGGAAUACUACUUGCCAACAGAUUCUAUUAAUGAGCAGUGGGUUACGCAUUGGCACACGCUAUUGUGUUCUAUCCUGGAAAACUUCAAUGGUGCUAAUGAUGAUGCUGACAGCGCAUAUUGGAAGCGACAGAAGUGGACAGCAAGAAUAUUGUAUUGUUGGUUCACGCGGUACGGAAGUCCUGGAAACGUCCAAAAGAAAUAUAACACUUUCGCCGACUGGUAUUUGAAGGGUUUCACUCACCAAGUCCUUGCAUCAUACCUCAAAGUCUGUGAUGCUUACCGCCAGCAUAUUUACGUUUCACCAAAAGUCCUUGCAGAAACUCUUUCCUAUUUCUCGGCCGCAUUGAGUCACGCAUUCUCUUGGAAGUUCCUUCAGGCCUCAUUUCCAACUUUGCUGCAGGAAGUUAUCCACCCUCUCCUGUCUCACGAUAAGGAGGCACAGGAAAUGUGGGAGGAGGAUCCUAUUGAAUAUAUCAGAUACAAGACAUCCGUUUACGCCAGUCUCCACAACCCUGCUGAUGCGGCCUGCACCUUUAUCAGCGAUGCUUGUUCAAAGAGAAAGGGAAUUUUAGACAAGUCAAUGCAGUACUGCAUUCAAGUUCUGUCGUCGGAUGCCAAGCCUGAAGCCAAAGAUGGUGCUCUGAACCUAGUCGGAACCGUUUGUGACACGCUGCUUAAAAACAAGACCUACAAGAGCCAGCUUGAGUCCUUCCUCAUAACCCACGUCCUACCAUUAUUCGACGCACCAGAGGGUUACAGACGUGCCCGAGCCUGCUGGCUUCUCGGAAAGUUGUCGCGUGCCGAAUUUGGCAAUACUGCCCUUUUAUGUCAGGCAGCAGAGGCCACAAGGCGACUCAUGUGUUUCGACACGGACCUGCCUGUUCGUGUCAGCGCCGCUAACGCCGUAUUUGCAUUAAUCAGGGAUCAAGACGAGAAACUUAUCAAGCUCCUGCGUGAGACUGAAUUCGAUGAUCUCAACUCGGUCCUUCGGGAAAUAAUGAUCCAUUACUCGACGGAAAUCCAACCUGUCGCCGUGCAUAUGCUUCAAGAGCUUUCGACGACAUUUGUCAAACUGGUUGGCGUGGCCGAAAACGGAGACGCCGGUGAGACCAACGCUGCUGGCGACGUCGAGUACAACGAGGAGAAGGAGUACCAGUGCCUUGUUGCUACGGGCAGUCUGGAGAGUGAUGAUGAGGACGAGUCGAAUGAGGCCGUCCACGCUGCAAAAAUGCUGGAGGUUCUAAUUAUCAACUUCCGUGGACAGAUGGAUGCCGUCGUUCCCAAAUUCGUAGAGCUCGCGCUAACAAAACUGACUCAGUCUUCAACAAAUGUCGAACUGCGCAUGAUUUGCCUUCAGGUGGUCAUUGCGGCAAUCGUGUCCUCUCGCUCUAUCGUUCUACCCAUUCUUUCCACCCACAACUGGCCGGGUACGGAGACCCCCAUUAUUGAGAACUUCCUGAAGAUCUGGCUGGAAAACAUCUCGCGGUUUACUGGGUAA